AUGUCGGCUGGAACGUGGUCGUCAAUGGCACCGCCGUCGUCGACGUACUCAUCAUUAUCUUCGACGUCUUUCAGCACCUACACACCAUUGGGGUUGCGCCACUUUGAAGGCAGGUUCCAGAGCUUCCGCAGCCAUGAGCUCUUCUACUAUUCGCUCUACCCACCACAUCACCAUGCGCUGCGAGGUGUCGUGCUUUAUCUGCAUGGAGUAGGUGAUCACUGCCGUCGGUACUUGUCCUUGUACGAGCGGAUGUGUGAAGAAGGUUUCGGUAUCAUCACGUACGACUUGGUGAACCACGGCGCGAGUGACUGCGAUCAUCAUGCGACACGAGGUCACGUUCGCAGCUUUCGGCAGCUCGUAGAAGACACGAACGCGUACGUCACGUUUGCCAAGGCAUCCAUCUUCCCGCUGACCAGUCACUUGUCGCCGCCUUUGAUCAUUGCGGGCACGUCAUUUGGAUCACUUGUGGGACUGCACGUGGUACUCUCUGGACAGCACAAGUUCUGCGCUGGGUUCUGGGCAGGACCGACCGUGGGCAUGGAGAUGUCAACUCUCUGGAAGGUGCAAGCAGCAUUCAUCCAGCCACUGUCUCUACUAUUGCCUCGGGUGCGACUUGUGCCGGGCGUUGACUACCAUCUGCUUUGGCGAGAUCCCGGCACGCUGCAGGACUUUAAGGCUGAUUCACUAGCGACCAUGAGCGAUAUCACUGCAAGGACCAUGCAACAAACGCUUCGUGCCAUGCACCGAUUGACGAAAGACAAGCACAUACAACAAGCUGGCAGCGACUUUUGUGCGCUGAGCAUGCUCUUCCUCGUUGGCUCGGAAGACCACGUAGCUGAUCAAGGGGUCACGAGGAGGUUCUAUGACAAACUUGCCAAUACGGACAAAGAAUUUGCUGCAUUCGACGGUGUGUUCCAUAGCGUAUUUGAAGACCCGGAGCAAGACGAGGUCUUGGCGUUUCUGUCUCAGUGGCUACGGAACCGAUUCCCGGAGCUGCAUGCCACGUAA